CUUGGACCCGCGGCACUGUAUCCUCUUACUUCAUAUGACCUUAGCGCGCUCACUACCCGGUCUGGAGAAGACGGCGAAAAUUCGCGGAACACUCGGGAGCUACAGUCGGCUCCAUCGCACCGAGCGCUACCUGCAUUCUGAGCCCCCAAAUAAGGCUCUGUCCUCGGGUUAACAACCACCAGCGCACCGCUUCACUGUCAUCCAUCCAGUGCGCUCUACAAGGAACAGAACCCCAGUUGAGGGAAAAAGAAAAGCUCCACAAGUCCUUCAUAACACGGACUCCUGAAGCCAUAUCCUGGCCCUCCGUGCACCCCCUGCUGUCUGCCCCUCGCCCAGCAGCAUGAUGCCCGUGUCAUGUGAGGAGCUGGAGGAGCUGGAGUGUGUGGUGUGCUUUUACAUGUACUCGCGCUCAGACAGGAUUCCCCGCAUGCUCCACUGCAGACACACAUUCUGCUCCGUGUGCCUGGAGACCAUGGCCUGUCUGAGGGGUGUGAUCUGGACCGUGACCUGCCCCCUCUGCAGAUGGACCACCUGCACCAACGCCUCACUCACCCUGCCGGGGGCGCUCUGGGUCAACACGGACAUAUGGGACCAGAUCUCAGGGGAGCAGCAAGAGACCAUCAAGGCUCAAAAGCCGGACAAAAAAACGUUUCUGUUCAAGUCAGCUCUCCGUAAAGUGUUCAGCUGUAUACUGAAGCCCUCCACCUUGUAACAGAGGACUAUUACUACCACCACUACCACCACCACCACCUCACUACUACUACUACAACUACUACUACUACAACUACUACUACUGUACCCAAGAGUCCUUCAGUCAGGACCAGAGACUUCAGGAAGGACUUGAUUUGAACGUGAAGUUUAAAGAUCCUCUGCUGCUGCUCCUACUUCUACUACUACCUACUACUAGUCAGUCUGCCCCAGGGCAGCUGUGGCUACAAUAGUAGCUCACUGCGAGUGUGGAGUGAACAAACAAUGAAUUGUAAAGCUCUUUGGGUGUUUUGAAAGGCGUUAUAUAAAUGCAAUGAUUAAUUAAUUUACUACUGCUACUACUACUACUACUACUACUACUACUACCACUACUACUACUACUGUAGUAGUUGCUGUUUAAUGGGGCUUUGUCAAACUUAAUGCUACUUUGAGCUUGUGUUGAACUAAUAUUGUUAAACUGGUAUUUGAGUCAUGUCCUGGUUUCUCAACACAGUCAGGUCAGAGCAUUUGAACAACUCACAUUUGAAUAGUACAAUGUGCUCUUCCUGUGCUCAUUCACAUUACCUGGGAGUGUGAUGCUAACUGUAGGCUCUGCUCUGUCUGAAGCUCUGUUACUUAAGUUAGACUUUAAUCUGAGUUUGUUUUAACACAAUCUGACCUGAAAGAAGAGACUUAGAUGAAAUAGAACAGAUGAGCAGAUUUGUUCUGUUUAAUAAGUUCCUCUCAAAUAACAUCUUCUUGAGUUUUCAGAGUUUUUUGACAGUGUUUGGGACUGUGUGCAUUAUGUCAUCAUGGUAACUGCUGAACAUUUUGCCAUCUGACAUAUAAAACACCUCCAGCAGACAGAGACAUCCAAGUGUGUCUCAUUCUCGGUUUAUGGACAGACCAGGCCUCAUGUGAAAACUCCAACCUCCAGAACUCCCUCGCUGAACUGCAGAGGCUGCACUAGCACUGACUCAGGACUGGUGCAGGUGAUUUUUAGGUUUUAGUCAUAGAAUCUGACACCCCCACUGUUGUUAGUAAAAUGUAACUAUGACUAAAAAGUAUGAAUAUUUUUUCCAACUAUUAAAACCUAAGGCCUAAACCAGAACUAAACCAGAUUUAGACCAGAACUAGACCAGGACAAACUUGAACACUUUAAAUCUCUGUUUGUGACUUCUCAUGAUCUAAAUGUUCAAAUCACUUUAAUGUUGUGACAAACAGCCCGUGAAAUACUUUUUUUUUUAUGCUGAUAAAAUGUGAAGAGUUUCUGCUCAAACUGAAUUGUUUGUAAAUUAUAGAUUAUUAUUGUAUAAAUAUUUAUAAAAUAUCACUUCUCUUAAUUCAUUUUCCUUGUGAUUUUUAAAAUAAAGUAUUUAAAAGUAAAA